AUGCCUAUACGUGAUGCUGUAAGAACGAGUGUUUUGUCAAAGAAGUGGACAUUGUACUACUCAACCAUUCCCGAGUUGGAAUUUGAUGACAAAUUCUCCAAAGAACUUCAGAACUUUGCCAUUGCCCAGAAGAAACUUCGUAUAUUAUCUGAAGUUGAGCUCGAGCACAAGUACCACUUGGAUGAAAUUGUCACUAGAUUUCUUAUGUUUCAUCCUGGUCGAAUAGAGAAAUUUAAAGUAUUUGUUCCAAAUUUCAAAUCAACAAGGGCUCUUAAUGUUAGCAAAUGGAUUCGAAAAUUAUCUCAGAAAAACAUCAAGAAAUUAACCUUAGAAUACAAGAAGGACAUUGUGAGUCAUAAGUUAUCUUCAUAUUUCUUUUCUUGUUUGGACUUGACAAAUUUGAAGCUCCGUAAUCUUCAUUUAUCGCAUCAUCCACCAAAUUUUAAAGGCUUCCUAUAUCUUUACCAAUUAGAGCUUAUUGGCGUUCACUUUGUCAACGACUAUUUUGAAUGUUUUCUCUCCAGCUGCCCUGUUCUUCAGAAGCUAGUGUUGUAUGGAUGUUCUGGUGUUCAUCAUUUUAAUAUAAGUGGUUCUAAACUCCAACGGUUGUUCAUCAAGAUCGAUGAUGAUUUUCAAUCAAUUUCCUUAGAAAACGUUCCUAACUUGACUGAAGUUUCUAUUACGUUGGACAAAGUUGUACUAGGCCUGGAAAACAAUCCUAAAUCCGAUUUGGUUUUGGAUAGCUUGCCUAGCUUAGAAAUACUUCGUCUAAAUGGCAAGUUUCUACAGCUCCUAGCUGAAACUCUAGUUCCGCCUAUUCUAUCAACAUCGCUAGACUCUCUAAAGAUUAUUGAACUCAAAGGUGUAGAUUUUAUGAGCUUCGAUGAGAUCUCUUUUGUUGUAUUCUUGAUUAGGAGUGCUCCGAAUUUGCAAGAACUUCGUAUUGAGGCUUCUACCGUCGAGCUAAACCAAGAGCAAGUCUCAGGUUAUCUAAAACGCCUGCAUUGCACAAUGGGCAAACUUCGUCUGGUCAAGUUAACUAAUAUCUCGAGUUUUGUUCCUGAGUUUGAGUUUAUACAGUUCCUUCUCUUUAGCUCGCCAUCACUCGUGACAAUGAGCAUUGUGGAGCAUCCAGAGCUUGAACCUGUAGAAGCAUUGAGAAUUACUAAGAGGCUACUCCAGCUUCGGCUAUCAUCAGCAGUGAGCAUAGAUUUCUCGAGCGAUUGUAAAACAUAA